AUGAGAGACCCGCUAAUAACUAUGGAUGAAGUAGCACGACAUAGUUCGCGGUCCGACUGUUGGACCGUGAUUCAUGGCAAAGUGUACGAUAUAACCAGUUUCCUUCACAAGCAUCCAGGAGGUGCUCAAGUUCUUUUGAAAUACGCAGGUAAAGACUCAACUCUGCAAUUCGAUGACAUUGGUCAUUCUAUGGAAUCCCUAGCAUAUGACUUAGACCCUGGUGCUUUAAAGGGAACAUUAUAUUUACCUAAUUCCAAAUCAAAUCACAACAGCGACAACGAAGAUGAUUCUUCACUUCCGUAUUUCUUGAGUGCAAGCUUCCUGCCGUCAAGUUUACUUUGGAUCACUAGCAUUUAUCAAGCAAUAAGAAAAUUCUUUUUGCUGGAAAGAGACACUAGGAUAUGGUUGUUCAGUACAAUAAUUUUCUUCUGUGUGCUUACAUUAGGAUUUAUUCACUGGGGUCAUGAUCAUAAUAUCAUUGAUAAUAAUGAUUAUGGAGUUCCCGCUUGGAUGGAUUGA